CACGAAAAGGGGAGCGUGCGACGACUUUCAGCUGACCUGCAGAGUUGAAUGUGCAUUUUUGGUCGUUUGCAUCCUUCGCGGCCGGCUCUUUCUGCGUGUUCUUCUUCUUGUCGAUUUCCGUCUUGUGUAUAUACUAUAUACUAUGCUGCUGGUGCUGGGUUGCAAGCAAGUGGCAACUGGCAAUAUACGGACAAGCCGUGGCGGGUAUAUACGGACGAAGAGGAGGACCGGAGGAGGAAGCUUCAGUGAGGCCCUGCACUGCAGCGGGAUGGCGUCGCCGCCGCCACCACGCGUAUGCGUAACCGGUGGCGGCGGGUACGUCGCCUCAUGGCUCGUCAAGCUCCUGCUCUCCCGCGGCUACGCCGUGCACGCCACUGUCCGCGACCCAAGUGAUCCCAAGAACGCCCACCUGCAACAGCUGGACGGGGCCCGGGAGAGGUUGCGCCUGUUCAAGGCCGACGUGCUCGACCGCGACGCCCUGGCGACCGCGGUCGUCGCGUGCGAGGGCGUCUUCCACGUCGCCUCCCCUGUGCCCGCGGACAAAGUCCUCGAUCCCGAGUCCGAGGUGCUGUCUCCUGCUGUCAAGGGCACUCUGAACGUCCUCCAGGCCUGCUCGGCAAACAACGUUCAGAAAGUUGUCGUGGUUUCGUCCACGGCUGCCGUUUACUUUAACCCGAGCUGGCCCCAAGGUAGAACCAAAGACGAGAGUUGCUGGUCAGACAGAGAUUUAUGCAUUAAGAACGAGAACUGGUACUGUGCUGCCAAGACGAUUGCUGAAGAAACUGCAGUGGAGUAUGGAGAGAAGAACGGGCUGAUUGUUGUCACGGUCUGCCCUUGUAUCGUUUUAGGCCCACUCCUGCAGCCGCUGAUCAAUGCCAGCAGCGAACUCCUCGUCUACAUUAUAAAAGGAGGUCCUAGGGUGCUGAAAAACCUCCCCUGGAACAUAGUCGACGUCCGUGACGUAGCUGAUGCUUUGCUCCUAGUAUACGAGAAAGUGGAAUCAUCCGGGAGAUACAUCUGUGCGCCUAAUCGGAUCAGCACAAACAACAUGGUGAACUUGUUUAAGAAGUCCUACCCUAACUACAAUUAUGUGAACUGCGACAACAAGGACUAUGAAUCUGAAAUCUCACCAGUUACAUCGGAGAAACUUAAGAGUCUAGGCUGGAACCCAAGGACAAUGGAGAAAACUUUGUUGGACAACAUUGAGUAUUUCGAGAAGGCAGGGUUUUUGCGUGAUGGAGAGGGUUAUCCUUGUCGUCUACCUCAUAUUUUUCAUUUCGCUUCUGACUAAUGAAAUAUAUUCUGUAAAACAAUUACGACAACUACUAUAACUGUCUUCGGACAAUUUAUUUCUCUU